GUCAAAUCGCUCGGCUCAGUUUUAGCUUGUGGUAGCAGUAUAACAUGGUAUUUUAGCGCACAAUAUGGUAACUCGCCUAUUAUAUAAUAAAAUUAGUCCAAUAAUAUGUCGACAGUGGUUUACAGAUGUAACUGACAGAAUCACCGCUAGCCAGCUGCCAUCUCGUUGAUUAGCUGGAAGACGUUUAGCCGUUCAGCUUUACUGUUGUUGUGAAAUCAUGCCGCAGAUUUCAGUCAGCUAUAUUUUACUAUGCGGACAGUUCUUGUUGCUUAUUACAGUGCUGCUUUUACAGUGUCUAGAAGGGAUUCACUCGCAAAACUCAACUGAGCCACCCGGAAACAGGGUAACGACCAGCAAACCAGUUCUGUUCAGCGAACAACCGGAGGAAAAUGUGACGGAGAGUGGUAACGUUAUUCCUACCGAAACAUCAAACCACACGGAGCAGUACGAGUAUAACCCUCCGUCUCCUGUCGUGCUCUGUCGAUACCUACCAGAGGAAUUCAUAUUCUGUCAAGAUCCAAUUGAUCAUGGUGGAAAUGUGUCUGCCUUUCAGGAACUGGGUUAUGGGUGCGUAAAGUUUGGUGGUCAAGUGUACAAAGAUGUGAACCAUACCCAGGUGUUAUGCACAGCACUGGAUGGCAUUGAGUGUGCUGGACCACGAGAGUUUCUCAGAGGCAAUGAACCAUGCAUCAAAUACACAGGACACUACUUCAUCACCACUCUACUGUACUCCUUUUUCCUGGGAUGUUUCGGCGUCGAUCGGUUCUGUCUCGGACACACAGGGACUGCGGUGGGAAAACUGCUCACCCUGGGCGGUCUUGGCAUCUGGUGGUUUGUGGACCUGAUUCUCCUGAUAACAGGUGGACUGACUCCCAGUGACAGCAGCAACUGGUGCACUUUCUACUGACAUAAAGGUGGCUGUCUCUCAUACACUUUUCAUAAAUACACUGUAUGCACGUGGGCUUACAUGGGCCUCAUUUGCCAUUAUUAGCUGUAAAAUACUGUUCUUUUGCGUUUCUUUUGUAAAGUGUUUAUUUGAAGCUGUGUUGUAAAUAAAUAUAGUCUCUUAAUUGAUAUAUCAGUAAUUAUCCCCAUCUGAGUGUAGUCUUUAUUAAACAAACAACAUAAAGUUGAUUAGGAUAUAUGUUCUGUAUCUUCAAAACACACUUCUCUGUCUUAGUUCUUUAUAUUGAAUGAUCUGUCUGAACAUGCUUUGCGUUGCUAAACGACGUGAAAAAAAUCUACACGUUUAGUAGGAUUGCAGCUUUUGCCUGAACAGCUGCAGAGAAUUUACAGAUCUUGUUUUAGACUGAAUUCCUACAAAGAGCUGUCAACAGACAGAUGUUUGGAAACAGCUUGCAAUUAAAAAUACAUACAAUAAAAGAGUCUAUUAAGCACGCAAGUCUUGGCAGAAUUCCCGUACGCUGUUCACACUAUUAGGUGAAGGGCUGUAAAAAGUUUCACAUCUUGUGACUUACAUGUUUCCUGUUCGUUAUGUGUGAAAUUUGUUUACUGCUGGACAGACGAUCUGCUGAACAAACGGGGUGGUUUGGGAUGUUGCAACUUAUCUUACGUUAUUGCUUUAAAAUAACAUCUACAGUUGAAGUCAGAAUCAUUAGCCCCCCUGUUUAUUUUUUCCCCAAUUUCUGUUUAAAGGAGAGAAGGUUUUUUCAACACAUUUCUAAACAAUAGUCUUAAUAACUCAUUUCUAAAAACUGAUUUAUUUUAUCUUUGCCAUGAUGACAGUAAUAAUAUUUUACUAGAUAUUUUUCAAGACACUUCUGUACAGUUUAAAGUACUGUAAAAGGCUUAACUAGGUUAAUUGGGUUAACUAGGCAGGUUAGGGUGAUUAGGCAAGUUAUUGUAUAUCGAUGGUUUGUUCUGUAGACUAUCGAAAAAAAAUUGCUUAAUGGGGCUAAUAAUUCUGACCUUAAAAUGGUUUUUAAAAAAAUUAAAACUGCUUUUAUUUUAGCCAAAAUAAAACAAAUAAGACUUUCUCCAGAAGAAAAAAUAUUAUGAGACAUACUGUGAAAUAUUCCUUGCUCUGUUAAGCAUCAUUUGGCAAAUAUUUAAAAAAGAAAAAAAAAUCAAAGGGGGGCUAAUAAUUCUGACUUCAACUGUAGAUAGUGAAAUUGAUUCCUUAUUUGAAGACAGUAAAUAGUAAUUACUUGCAGUGCAUGAAAACAUGGAUUUUUGCCACAAGCCAAAAUUAAAGCAAUGCAAAAAAAUAAACAUUUUGGGCCGAAAAUAAAAUUUCUGGAUGCACUUGGUUGAAAAAUGAAACCAAAAAUACUUUGCAUUAAUUAUUUACCAUUCUAUUAAGUAAAAUAAUUUAAUAAGACCUUUUUAAGGACCAAUUCUACAGAAAUCCUAAAAACUAUUAUGUUUACUAAUCCUUUUGGGUUGCUGAAGGGAUAUUGUAUAAGAAACACCUUUUCUAAGCAAUGUUAUGUGUCUCCAAUUUAAACAACAACAAAGAUGUCAGAGAAUGUACAUUUUUAUUUAUUUAUUAGUCAUAAGAGCUUAAAGAUAAUAGGAGACUGGUGAGAACAGAAUCUGGCCCAUUAUUCUGCAGAAACGAAUAAGUCUGGAAAAACAGACAUUUUUGACUUAACAGCCAAUAAAAUAUCUAAAUAUGAUUACAUGCAUAUGUUUGACACCUCUUAUGUGCUUCACCACUCAGUGUUGCAGCGUAACCGUGUCCUGAUGUUGUCUGAGAAAUGUGUAUACACGGUACAUGUAUAAAUGUUGAAAAGUACUGUAAUUACAACAACUGUAAUAUGUACUGUAAUUAUAAGAAAUGUAAAUUAUUAUCUUGCAAUGAUAAAUAGCUCUGUUUUAAACAUGUGGAAUAAUAAAUAUCAUAGUUUUUUAUAUAUCUACAAUGAUAUUUAGCUAUAUUUUAUAUAAAGCAUACCGUUAUAAUUGGGAUAUUUAUUGUGUACAGAAAAUUGCAGACUUAAACUAGCUGUAUUAUAACACUUUUUUUUUUCUUUUUGUAUCGUUUUUAGUGUGCAUUUUGGAAUUUGAGAAAUGUAUUUGGGCCAGUUGAAUGCAUGAAUACAGGUCCAUGAUAUCUAUCAGAAAUAAACAUUGACAUUCCAGUAAAACCAAGAAUUUGACAUCCUGCAGGAAUUGUAUAAUUUCAGUAGGAUGUAACACAAUCCUAAUACAGGACAUUAGUAAACAUACCUACAGCAAUGCUAUAAGUACAUAAAAUACUGCAGGAGUGUUACUUUCCUGCAGAACAUAACACAGUGAUACAGGAACAACGCUACAGGACUCCUUUAGGAAUGUACCGUCCUGUAGGCUUUGUAUUUAGGAUUUUACAUUAGGAUUCCUACAGGAUCCAUGCACAUCGAGCCAAAAUACUGCAGGAUUCCAGCAGGAUUGGUUUUUUUUUGUGAGGGAAGGCACCAGCCUUUAUAUGAAAAAUGGUAAAGUUUUUGUGACUAAAUAUUACUAAUAUUAAUGAAUAAUCUUCGAAUAGCAGUUCUAAUGUAUUUUUUGUUUAUACAAAAGUUGUAGUAGCAAAGCGGUAUAAUCCACCACAGUUGUGUAAGUUAAAUAGCAAUCUUCUUAAUUGCUGAAUGUUUUCCUCAGACACAUGAACGAAGUGGCAACAGCUUUCAAAGACAAAGGCAUGCAUCGCAAGAACACCGUGACUGACUGAAAUAUUAACUCAUUUAGAUAAACAUUUCUUGACGGAUGUGAAGACAUCUCCCAUGAUUCCACACCCAGUCACCACAUCAUUCUUUGUUUACAAUGUGCACCCUCUAGCUGAGUAAACAUAAUAUUCUGCCUUCAAUAGGUUGCUAAUUUUUCUCCUUUGAACAAUUAAAUGCCUUAUACUACUGAGCUACAUCAAAAAGUAUUUAGUUAUUGUGAUGUCUUAUUUACUAAGGCUACAUUUACAUGGCAUGCUUCAAGUGACUCAAUUCCGAUUCUUUUCUCCUAUGUGGCACAGAUCGGAUAUGGCCCAUGUACAGAUCCAAAAAUCUAAUGGAUUCUGAUUUGCUCAAAUCAUAUUCAGGCCUUGUUCAUAUGUGGAAAUUUAUCCGAUAUGAAUCGGAUCUGUACCCUCGUGUCUACAGUGUAAGCAGGUUGAUCGGAUUUUUACCUGUCAUUAAAAACCAUAACGAAUAA